UCGACUCAAUUCUAAGCUACCAUGAGUGGAAGAGGCAAAACCGGCGGCAAGUCCCGCGCCAAGGCCAAGUCCCGCUCCUCCAGAGCCGGACUCCAGUUCCCGGUCGGUCGUGUCCACAGGCUGCUCAGGAAGGGCAACUAUGCUCAGCGUGUCGGUGCCGGUGCCCCCGUUUACCUGGCGGCCGUGCUGGAGUAUCUGACUGCUGAGAUCCUGGAGUUGGCUGGAAACGCCGCCCGCGACAACAAAAAGACCAGGAUCAUCCCCCGCCACCUGCAGCUGGCUGUCCGCAACGACGAGGAGCUCAACAAGCUGCUCGGAGGAGUCACCAUCGCUCAGGGCGGCGUCCUGCCCAACAUCCAGGCGGUUCUGCUGCCCAAGAAGACCGAGAAGCCUGCUAAAGCCAAGUAAAGGCUCCAACACCACAAAGGCUCUUUUCAGAGCCACCCACUUUCAACUAGAGAGAAGUUCAUCGAUCAAAUGUACUUA